AUGGAACGACACAUGAGCAUUUAUUUGCAUCAACAGGAGGAGGAGACAGAAAGCUCAACCACUGCCUCAGUGCUCUCUGUAUCCCGAAUGUCAGACAUUUCAAAUCCCACAAGCCAAACGACGCCAUCAAUAAAUCUGAAUUCUCGUCGAAUGUCCGUGUCACCUAAACAGCAAUCAGCAACUUUAACCGAAAGCAUGCAACUUCUCGAAAGAGAUCCCAAUAAUCCUUAUGUACAUACUGACAUCGGGUAUAUUUAUGCAACGAUGGGACUCUCAGAUAUGGCAUUGGCGCAUAUGACAAAAGCUUUGACGAUAGAUCCGGAGAACGUGUAUGCUUUACGAAAUCGCGGCGAUGUAUAUCAUAAUUUGGACAAGUAUGAGGAGGCGUUGAACGAUUUUAAUAAAGCCUUGCAAAUUGAUUCCGAAGAUGCUAAAACAUUGGCUAGUCGAGGUGCUAUUUAUAGUGUGUUGAACCAUUAUGAGGAAGCGUUGAACGAUCUAACAAAAGCUAUAGGGAUUGAUGAUACCGAUUAUUUUGCAUUCCAUAUCCGUGGUGAAGUUUAUUAUAAACUCGGACAGUACGAUGAAGCGAUUGACGAUUUGACAAAAGCAGUUCAUGGUGAACCAAAAAAUACACAAAUAUACAAUCAUUUGGGUGAUGUAUAUCGUGCUCAAAAUCGUUACGAUGCUGCUUUAAGGUGUUAUAGCAAGUCGUUAGCAAUCAACACUUCAGCAGAAAAUAUUCCAGCAUUAAUAGAACGAGGAAAUAUCUAUCGUCGGUUAAAACAUUACGAAGAUGCUUUAAAUGAUUAUAACGUAAUAUUAGAAAUACAACCCGAAUAUUUACCUGCUCUUCACCAUCGCAGCGAAAUUCUCCGACUUUUGCACCGUAAUAAAGAAGCACUUGUUGAUUUGGAUCAAGCAUUGAAACUUGAACCAAAUAGCGCAUCAAUUUUGUCGACUCGUGGAGAAGUUUAUCGCAUAUUUGAACAUUAUGAUAAAGCAUUAAAUGAUUUGCAGCGUUCUAUUGAAAUAGAUCCAAAGAAUUUUUUUGCAUAUUUAACACGAGCCCGCAUUUACGAUUCUCUGCAGAAAUAUGAUGAGGCAUUACAGGAUUUGGAUGAAGCGAUAAAGCUAAAGCCUGACGAAGUUUUCGCAUUAAGAACCCGAGGGCAAAUAUAUUAUAUGAUAGAUAAAUAUGGCGAAGCAUUAACCGAUUUCAAUCGUGCUUUAACGAUUGAACCUAAUAAUGCAUUCGCGCUUCGUAUGCGCGGUAGACUUUUUAAUAUACUUGAAAGAUAUGAUGAUGCGUUAAAUGACCUUAAUAAAGCCCUCGAACUGAAACCGAAUAAUGGAUUCGCAUUAAGGACGAGGGGAAAAACUUAUUUUGCAUUGAAUCGAUAUGAGGAAGCGUUGACAGAUUUGAAUGCCGCAUUGAAGAUAACACCGAAAAAUGCUGGUGUAUUAAGAACUCGAUCGAGAAUAUAUUAUUUGACUAAUCGCUUGGAAGAAGCCUUAACAGAUAUAGAUGCAUCUUUAUCAAUUGAACCGGUCAAGAUUAACGCAAUUUUGAAUCGAGCUGAAAUAAAUCAACUGCUUGGACGGUUUGACGAUGCUUUGGCUGAUUUAGGCAAACUUAUGGGACAAUAUCAUAACGCUUUGAGCGAUUUGAAUAAGGUUAUUGAAUCUGAACCAUACAACACAUUUGCACUUUCAAACCGAGGAGAAACAUAUCGAAUGCUCGGACGUUACCAAGAUUCAAUAGAUGACUUGACAAAAGUAUUAAAUUUGGAACCAAAUAACGGAUUUGCACUCCGAAUUCGUGGUGCUGCAUAUCGAAUGCUUGGACAACAUCAAGAAGCAUUACAGGAUCUUAAUAAAGCUCACCAAAUGGAUCCAACCAAUGCUUUUGUUCUUAGAAUACGUGGGAAUAUUUAUCGAGUUCUAGGAAAAUACACCGAAGCAUCAUCUGACCUUACGAACUCUUUACACUAUGAACCUAAUGACGUUUUUGCCUUAUGCACGCGUGGGAGAGUUUAUCAAUCGAUGGAUAAAUUUAAAGACGCACUUUCAGAUUAUAAUCAAACACUGAAACUUGAUCCACACAAUGCAUUUGCAUUACGGUGUCGCGGAAAUAUUCUUUAUCUUUCCGGAGAAUAUGAAGCAGCGUUAGCAGAUCUAGAUAAAUCAUUACAACUUGUUCCGGAUAAUGUAUGGUCACUUUGUUAUCGUGGCGAGGUGAAUCACGCGCUUGGAUAUUACGAGAAAGCUUUGAAAGACUUUAAAAAAAGUAUAUCGACAGAUCAGUGGUUUCCUUUAGCGUCACGUGGUGCCUUAUAUCGAUCAAUGAAACGAUACGAGGACGCAUUAUCUGAUUUCAAUAAAGUGUUAAGUUAUCAUCCUGAAGACGAUUUCGAUCAAUCAUACCAAAUUAAAGCAUUGAAGAAUCGUGGAGGAGUCUAUGCAAUCCUUGAAAAAUUCGAUGAUGCAUUAGCGGAUUUAGAUAAAGUUAUUGAAAAAACGGAAGAUGUACAGGCAUUGAUUGAUCGAGCAUUUGUAUAUCGAAAUAAAAGAGAAAAUGAAAAGGCAUUGAAAGAUUUAGAGAGAGUUUUGAAAAUAGAACCAAAUAAUUGGAAAGCUAAUAAGCUUAUAGAAGAGGUGCGUGUCGCCGCUCACAAUGAUUAUUAA